UUUCCUUGUCUGUCAUAUGCGAAGCUAAGGGAAGAAGAACCGAUUUAUCCUCUGGAUAAAUAAAUAUACCAUUUAUCUAACAGAAGAAACACGCCAGGCAUUUGAAUUAUACAUGAUAUACAACCUCAAUUUGACCCAGGUAGCUUAAUGCUAAAUUUAGCCGCCGUUUCGUAUCAGUGUUUGUUAAGCUAGCUGUUAUCACGUCGCUAUCUGACUGCAGCCCCCUGCUCUCCAAACACACCGCCUUUGUGGCUAUGAGUACGGAUUUACUUUCUGAUUUGGACAGUCGUUUCUUCGCUGAUAACCUCCUGACAAGCGAAGACUGGGAUGCCUGUCUGUACCAGUGUGAGAGCAUGGAGGAGGGCGAGGACGCUGACUUCAGCAGAGGGGUGAAACACGAGCCGGCGUUUGACAAUAACCUUGUGUUCACCCUCGAUCCUGACAACCCCACGUCGCCAUGGCAACACCUUGACGAAAACCUUCUCACAGGGGAGGCUCCUGUGAUCAAAAGUGAAAUGACCAUCACUAAGCCGUUACCUGUGGAAAUGUUGUUCCAGGUGAAGGCAGAGCCUCCCUCUCCUGCAUCCUCAUUCAGUUCUGAAUGCUCUGCAGCAUCCCCAGACCCUCAGAUCACAGUUAAAGGGGAAAACCCCCCCACUCCUCCCUACAUGUACGGAGACGUGCUGUCCCCUCCGCUGGGGUCCUUGGAGGUCACCGUGGCAACUUCAGCUAAACCAAAGGCCCAGCUACAGGCACAGCUACAGACGCCGUUAGCAGCACAGAUCCCAGUAGUCCUCGGUGGGAUUCAGACGCAGGCUUCAGGUAGCGCCACACACCAACAUGUUUAUUACUUGGUGACUCUGCCUCAUGUCCAGAAGUAUCUGCUGUCAGUUCGCUACAUCGAGGAACUCCAGAAGUUUGUAGAGGAUGACAACUUCAAGCUGUCUCUAAAGAUUGAACCUGGCAACAGCUCCCCUCGCAUCGCUUCCUCUAAAGAAGACCUGGCAGGUCUGUCUGAGGUGUCGGCCUCCAUGAGGUACAGCCGGCGGCCCACCUGCCCUGACACCUCUGUGGGGCUUCGGAUCCCCACCCCCCCGCCCUCUCACCACAGGAAGAGCCAUAGUCUGGGGAAUAAUAUGAUGUGUCAGUACGGCAUGUCAGAGAGCAGGAGCGCCACGUUUCCCAUCGAGAAAGCCCGCCACCUGCUGGACGACAGCUUCUUAGAGUCCAACAGCCCGGCCAGGAACGACCCGUACAGCAACUCUGUGUCCAACGGCCUGUCCAUGGGCAGCAGUGAAAGCUCUUUUGGGGAGGAGCUGUCUCCUGGAAUGGAGAGGGGCCGCAUGUACGCCACACUGGGCCCCAACUGGAGGGUCCCUCUCCGAAACUCCCCCCGGAACCGCAGCUAUGUUUACAGCUCGUCCGCGGCCAACUCCUGCUACGGCUGCAGCGAGGAGGACAACGUGACUGUUGAAGGACCGCUGAGGAGGAAGACCCUUCUGAAGGAGGGGCGCAAACCCAAGUUGUCUUCGUGGACCAGAUUCUGGAUCACUCUGUCUGGAUCAACUCUGACUUUCUUUGGGGCCAAAGCUCUGAGGGCCUCUGAGAGAAAACAUUAUAAGUCCAGCCCCUGUAAGAAGGUGUGUGUGACGGGGUGGAUGGUGGUGCUGCCAGACAACCCGGCCAGACCCAACAUCUUCCAGCUGAACGACCCCGACAAAGGAAAUGUUUACAAGUUCCAGACCGGAUCCAGGUUCUCAGCCAUCAUCUGGCACAAAAACCUGGAGGAGGCGUGUCGGAGCAGCAGACCUCAGAUACCAGCAAACCUCAUGUCAUUUGAAUGAGAGCAGACUCCAACCAGCGGGACGUUAAUGUGCCAAACUCAUGGGGUUUGGGAAGCAGAGACUCAAACAUGGACCCCAGUGGAGAGAUGAAGAAGUGAUGAAGAAGUGAUGAAGAAGUGAUGAAGAAGAAGUGAUAGAGAAGUGAUGAAGAAGCUGGAUACGUGACUGUGUACGCCAACACCUGCUUUCUUUCUUUACCAGGACUAAAUUAAAUGUGAACUGUGGAGACAUUGAGUGAAUGGAGGACUUUGUUAUGCUGCUUAAAACAUGUGAACAGCGUAUGUUUUUUGGCCCAUGUUGGGUUUCUGUUUGGGGGAGUAUGAGGAGCAGACCAGUGUUAUACAGCCUCUCCAUGGAGCUCGGGGCUUUAACACAGAAUCCCCUUACCACUUUUAAUCGAGUGGAUACAUUUGUGAAUCUAUUUCUGCAUUUCAUCAUACCGGGAAAGAGUAGGAACCGACACGCAUCCCAAACUGGUGAACCGACGGAAAAUGUGACGGUUUUCUUACCACGGUGGAAAAGCAGAGGAGAGAGAGGAGUCUUCAUCACCUUCAGCCCUGUGACUUAAAGACUGAACAUGUUCCUAAAUCGUAGAAUUAGUAGUCGUACGUAAACACUAGGGAAGCAUGAAGAGGGCUUUUAGAGCCUGAAGGUCACUCACCCCCCCCCUUCCCCCGCUACCUCAGCUGGUAGUCCUCCUGUUCAACAAGGUUUACAAAUAGCAACGAGUCACAUUUUCUACAGAACAAAUCUCGACACCAGGUGAUCAUUACAAUCAGUAGCCAAUCAGAGGAGCCAGCUGUUUCUAAGCAAUGAAGUACAACACUUUGGGUGGGUGUAAACACUGUUUUUAUUUGUAAAAGAGUUUAUUUUUUGACAGUUGGCCAUAAAAGGGAAACAUUAUAUUCGAUUCACCAAUCUAACACUUUGUUUGAAACUCAAAAUGAAGGAAGACGUUGGUAAAUAACCUGCUUCAGAAGCAGCAUUGCAUUUUUUUUUUUAAGAGUAAUCGUUUAUCACAACUUGGAUUUCUUUUUGAAGAAGUUAGAGAGAGAGAGAGAGAGAGAGAGAGAGAGAGAGAGAGAGAGAGAGAGAGAGAGAGAGAGCGCCAACACAUUGUAAGUGAAAGGGGCGGGAUAUAUCUAAGCGGUUGACAAAUCACAACAGCUAACCAAUCGGAGCAGACUGGGCCCUGGUUUCAGACGGAGGGUGAAAAGAGGUACAGGCAGUAUGAGAGAAAUAAAGAGCUUUUUAAACAUUAAAGCUAGGAGACAUGUCACAGAAGAGGCGCUACAUACUGAUAUGAAACUAAAAAUAGGGCCUCUUUAAGAUUAACAACCUUUAAGGAUGCAUCGGGUAACAAAGGGGUUCAAGAUAAUCUGAUUAAUAUGUUGGUUUGUUUCCAAUCUAUCUGAUGAUAUGAAGCAAAGAUCCCAGUUGUGAUAAACCUGAAUGGUCCUUUUAAGAGUAGAAACAUUUCAAUGGAGAAGAACUAAUUAACUAAUGCCAUAUUUCUAAUGUUUCCCUGUUGUAACUGUCAGUCAUUUAUUUAAAAUAUUGCAAAAAGAAGAUUGAGAAACAAUUACAGUACUUGUCAAGUGUAAUCAUGUUGUAAAUAAUUUCAUAAUUUUGAUGUUUUUCAUUCAUGUAUUGUCCUUGACUUAAAAAAAAAAAAAUGUGGACUACUUUUAACUAACUAGUCCAAAUGUUGUGUGAUUCAGUCAUGAAGGUUUAAUAUGAAGAGGACCACAGCUGUGAUUAAGCCCAUUCAAUACAAGUCAUAUCAUUUAUAGAACAGCUCAUUUCGGAAAAUCCAUUAGCAGACCGCUGAAACUUGCCUAUUUUGAUUUAUCGGAGUGUGUAUGAAGGGUAUAAAUUGCAGAAAAAAUUGAAUUGCGUAACCCGAAAAAAGUCUUUGCUAAUUAAUAAAAAAAAUAACAAUGGAAACCAAUGGUUGCUGGGGAGAAAACACACCAUGUGGUCCUUUUUAAACCACAGCACAUUGUGAAAGUAGAAUAUCAUUUUCAUCCUGUAAAAUAGACCACACUUUACACUCAUCACCUGUGAAUUACUGAGCCUGUGUUUUGGUUUUUAUUAAGUAUUGUACUAUUUUAUUAUUGCAGACGAGCUGAACAAGGUGUACUGCAUUGAUGGGUAUUACUGCAUUACUUUUACGAUGAGUGUAAACAAACAUGUUGCCGUCACGUCACUUUGCUGUUGAUGUACACUUUAUUCAACGUUUUUUAUUUCACACGCUAUUUGAAGACUACCACUUCAGUAAAUAUGUAUAAUUAAAGAAACAGUUGAACAUG